AUGGCAACUUCGACGUUUACUUUACCUGUUGAUGUGCUGUCAAAUCUCCCAAACGUUGAGCGAAGGGCUUCAUUUUCUGCUGCCCAAAAAAGUACCGGGGUCGAACGUGCUGCGUCCCCUCGACUUCAUUAUCGUCAUGACCAGGAAGCCGUUGAAAUGAGCACACUUGGGGAUAACCUCGAUCCAAAGUCGGUUUCUACCGUUGGGAUUCCAGAGGUUUCGGCAUGGACCAUGAAUCCGAAGAAAGAAUGGGCCGCUAUUAUUACGUGUUGUGGGUGCAUGUUCAUGAACGGGUGGAACGAUGCGACCACGGGCCCUCUACUGCCCAUCAUUCAGUCUCAUUAUGGCAUUGGCUUUAUCGUCGUUUCUAUGCUAUUCGUAUCGAACUGUGUAGGAUAUCUAUCAGCCGCUUUAGUCAACAUUCACCUAAGCGAUCGUCUGGGGUUCGGAAAAGUCACAUUAUUAGGUAGUGUGCUGCAGAUACUGGCAUACGCGGUUCUCGCUCCAACUCCUCCGUUUCCUGUUAUGUGUAUUUCGUACGCUAUCAACGGUUUCGGUAUUGGCCUUCAGAAUGCGCAGGCCAAUGGAUUCGUUACAGGAAUUCCGAAUAAUACUUCAGCCAAACUGGGCUUAUUACACGCCGGAUAUGGUGCCGGUGCAUUCGUCGCCCCGUUGGUUGCCACCCAAUUUGCACGACUGCCGAAAUGGUCUUUCCAUUUUUUGAUUUCCCUUGGAAUUUCUCUCAUCAAUUCACUUGCACUGUUCUUUGUGUUCAAGCUCCGCCGACAGCAUGAAAUCAUGGGAGUUCCGGCCCCGCAUGGCGAUAAUGCUUCCAUUUCCAGGACCGAUGAGAAUGCAUACAAAAUGGUCUUUGGUUCUCGGGCGGUGCAGCUGUUGGCUUUUUUCACUUGGGUGUAUGUUGGAGCGGAGGUUACGGUCGGAGGCUGGAUUGUAACCUUUAUUAUUGAAGAACGUGGCGGCGGGGCUUCCGCGGGGUAUGUUUCAAGUGGCUUCUUUGGGGGAUUAAUGCUCGGUCGUGUGCUGCUGUUAUGGAUUGGAGAGCGGCGUGUGGUUUACCUCUAUAGCGUUCUGGCUAUUGGGCUCGAACUCGUAAUCUGGCUCGUACCAGACAUCAUCGGUAAUGCACUGGCGGUCUCUUUUAUUGGAAUCCUUCUGGGUCCAAUGUAUCCAAUUGUAAUGAAAGUUACUUCAGGGCUUGUUCCUAAGAGAAUCCUAACUGGCUGCAUUGGAUGGAUCGCGUCCUCUGGCCAAGUAGGUUCGGCAGUCUUUCCAUUUAUGACUGGUGCACUGGCACAAAAGUACGGAGUCAAAGUUCUACAGCCUAUGCUAGUGGGAAUGAUCGGCUCGCUUAUCCUGUUAUGGACCUUGGUCCCAGCUGGCCCUCAACGUCAUAGAGACUAA